AUGUUUGAAGAACUCCGUGUCUUCACGACGGAACGCAUGAUGAACCCCGUUACGUUCGGCGAGAACUGUGAUGCGAUCUUCAUGCCUAAGAUUGCUGCGUUCGAGGCGAGCAACUGUAUUGAAAACCUAGGCGGCGAUGAGGGUGAAAGUCGACGACGGAAGAACCUGCUGAAGUGUGCUGGACCGAACACCCCGAAUCUGUUCGUAGUCGAUCACUACGCGGAGUCUGGCAUGUGA